GUCGGGGUCUAAAUCAAUCUUACGUGUGGAUCGGAGCGGUGCCCGUGUCUAUGCACCUCAGCCACACCGCCCCGGAAAGGACUUCUCGCUUUUGAGAGCUGGAUAUGCAGAGAUUAACGUGAAAAGGAUGGAUCUUACUAUCUGUGUUUUGGGGCUGUUGGCGCUCAUCGUGGACGGCAUCCGUUGUCAAGGAGUGUAUGCACCUCCUACGGUCCGCAUUAUACACUCGGGGCACGCCUGUAAUGUUGAAGAGGAGAGGCACACGGAGAGAGUCUACACCAUACGAGAAGGGGAGACCCUGGAGCUCACCUGUCUGGUGACAGGUCAUCCUCGACCACAGAUCCGGUGGACAAAGACAGCUGGUAGUGUGUCAGAUCGUUUCCAGGACUCCAGCGUCUUCAACGAAACAUUGCACAUCGCAAAGAUCCAGAGGACCCAGGGAGGCCGCUACUACUGCAAGGCUGAGAACGGCCUUGGCUCUCCUGCCAUCAAGUCCAUUAGGGUGGACGUCUACUACCUUGAUGACCCGGUGGUGACAGUGCACCAGAGUAUAGGAGAAGCUAAGGAGCAGUUCUACUAUGAGAGGACUGUAUUCCUGCGCUGUGUGGCUAACUCCAACCCGCCUGUCCGCUACAGCUGGCAUCGUGGGAGAGAGGUCCUGACGCAAGGCUCAGACAAGGGUGUCGAGAUCUAUGAGCCAUUUUUCACACAGGGGGAAACGAAGAUUCUGAAGCUGAAGAACCUGCGUCCCCAAGACUACGCUAACUACAGCUGCAUCGCCUCUGUCAGAAAUGUGUGUGGGAUUCCUGACCGCAGUGUUAUCUUCAGACUUACCAACAAGACAGCAUCCCCGUCCAUCAAACUGCUGGUAGAGGAUCCUAUUGUGGUGAAUCCAGGACAGACAGUAUCCUUGGUUUGCAUCACUACUGGAGGUGAGCCACCUCCCAUGCUCACCUGGGUCAGCAGUAAUGACAGCCUGCCACAAAGAAGUGUGAUGAAGGGCGGCACACUUACGCUUCCGGCCAUCACCUCAGAUGAGGCGGGGGUCUACAGCUGCGUGGCCAGCAACAAUGUGGGAAACCCUGCUAAGAAGUCCACUACCAUUGUGGUGCGAGCUUUGAAAAAGGGACGAUUCUGGAUCACUCCAGAUCCCUACCACAACGAUGACCACAUCCAGAUUGGACGGGAAGUCAAGAUAUCCUGUCAGGUGGAGGCAACACCUCCAGAGGAGCUGACAUUUAGCUGGCUGAAGAAUGGCCGUGCCCUGCGGAGCUCAGAGCGUAUGGUCAUCACCCAGACAGAUCCUGACAUCUCACCUGGAACCACCAACCUGGACAUCAUAGACCUGAAAUUCACUGAUUUCGGCACAUACACCUGCGUGGCCGCUCUGAAGGGAGGAGGCAUCCCAGAGAUCAGCAUCGAUGUCAACAUCUCUUCCACAACUGUUCCCCCCAACCUGACAGUCCCACGGGGCAAGUCCCCCCUGGUGGCCCGCGAGGGUGACACAGUGGAGCUGGAGUGCCUUGUUUCAGGGAAGCCCAAGCCCAUCAUCCUGUGGUCGCGAGCGGAUAAGGAAGCGCCCAUGCCAGACGGCAGCAUGCAGAUGGAGAGCUACGAUGGCGUGCUGCGUAUUGUUAAUGUGUCCAGGGAGAUGACGGGCUCGUACCGCUGCCAGACCAGCCAGUAUAAUGGGUUCAACGUGAAGCCCCGGGAGGCCAUAGUGGAGCUGAUUGUACAAUACCCUCCAACAGUGGAGCCUGUUUUCAUGGAGAUGCGUCAGGGUCUUGGAAGGCCUGUAGUGAUGACCUGCAGAGUGCUGCGAGCCCACCCCUCCCGUGUGUUGCGCUUCGAGUGGCUUCUCUCUAACCGGCUGCUCCACGCGGGAGCUUUUGACGCCCAGCGAGAUGAGACAGAGUACACCAUCCGCAGCCUAAACCGUGAUGGCUGGGGCGAGUACACCUGUAAUGUCAUCAAUGAGGCUGGAGCAGGCAAAUGCACUUUCCAGGUUACAGGGAAAGCCUACCCCCCGGAGUUCUACUAUGAUACCUACAACCCUCUGUGGCAGAACAGACCAAGGGUCUAUGGCUUCAAGCUACAGUGGACCCAGAUGAACCCAAAUGCUGUGGACCGUAUUGUUGCCUACAGACUAGGCAUCAGACAGAUGGGGCUCCAGCGCUGGUGGGAGCAGGAGAUCCCAGUGGAUGGAACAAUCAACAAAGGAGAGCUCAUGACGCAUAACCUGACUGAGCUGAUAAAGCCCGAGUCUUACGAGGUGCGCCUCACGCCCAUCACGCGUUUCGGAGAGGGGGACUCCGCCAUCCGUAUCGUCACCUACAGUGCUCCCAUCAACCCUCACCUGAGAGAGUUCCACUGCAGCUUUGAGGAGGAGCCCAUCUGCAUGUUCACCCAGGACAAGAAUGAUGAUUUUGACUGGACGCGACACAGUGCAGCCACCCGCGACACCAAGUAUACGCCUAACACUGGCCCUAGUGGUGAUCGCAGUGGCUCCAAGCAAGGUUUCUACAUGUACAUCGAGACGUCAAGACCACGCAAGGAAGGAGACCAAGCACGACUUAUAAGUCCAUUUUUCAACGUAGCACCUAAAAACCCUUACGGUAUCACCAAUCCACCUGCCUACUGCUUUGGCUUCUUCUACCACAUGUAUGGGAAACACAUAGGAACACUAAAUGCAUUCCUAAAGCAAAAGGGUCAAACGGCUUCAGAAGGUCUCGUGUGGUCGCUAAGUGGCAAUCAAGGUGACCGCUGGAAGCAGGCCAAAGUAAGCAUCCACCCAACAUCGUCUUUCCAGGUCGUACUUCAAGGGAUUCGGGGACCGGGCAUUGAAGGAGACAUUGCUAUUGAUGAUAUCACGCUGGAGGAAGGGGAGUGUCGAGACCCGCCGCCCAAUCUCAGCGCCAAGGCUCUGUCCACAUCCUGCCAUAUAUGGCUGCUAUGUGUCACCUUGGUGCUGACCCUCCUGGAAGGUCAAAGGUGACCCAUUUCUCCAUCAUCUCAGAGGCGAAUAUUCAGAGCCGCCGUCUGUGAGCUGUACCCUCAACAUCCAAUCACCAAAGAUUCAUGCAUCCUGAAAGCAGCGGGGUCCCCCCACGGACUGCAGACUACAGAAAGGCCGCAGUUAUUAAAUGAGCGAGAGAGAAAAAAUAAGUGAUUAAAAAGUUACACAAAAAGUAAAUAAAGAAGAUGCGCUACAUUUUUUUUUAAAGAGACCUCUUUUACAGAAAAACACCCGUCGGCGCAGAACUCUGGACGUCUUUACGAGCACAAAGGCAGGUCGGCGACGAAUGAGCCCGGACCGGCGGAGGAGUUCACAAGCGUCGAGGGAGGGCAGUUUGUAAAGCACAAGAACCAUUUUACGAGGCGCCGGAAAGCUUCCUUUGACGACGGAAGGAAAUACAGACACUGCUGACUUUUUGAAUACGAAGUAACAUUUCCCUGCUUAUCAAUACAUUCAAUCAGACCUUUCUCUGUGUAUCUUUAUCUCCAUUUUCUUGCACCAGAUGCCAAUCCCCGACACUUGUUUUUCACUUUAGCCCAGCCUCGUGUCAUUCUUUGGCAUUUCUUUAUCUGCUCGGUGCUGUACUGUAGAAAAACAAGGACUCCGACAACAUUUAGUUCUGUCUGCUUACUCCCCUGUAGCUGCCUACGUAUCUUUUAACACUGUGCUCACGAGUCCAAGUGGCCAACUGACCGUAUGGUGGCAGAACAAUAAGAGCAGAAGGCUCAGCAGAGGUGUAGACAGGUGGACUGGAAGGCAGAGAGAUGUUCGAGCUUAAAAAUGAGAAGGAGACAGAGCAGAGGAGGGAGAGGAAAAACAGGCAGAGAGUAGAGGAAGGUCCGAUUAGCGAGGCCCCACUCGAAUAUUCAGUCAGCGGUCUGCCUGUGGAACAGAAGCCACUUUACUUUCUGCCAUGAAACAAAGUGCCUUCAGAUUACAAACCGAAUCGUGAGCCUGGGUGUUAAUCGACAUCGAACAAGUCUCUGUUCAUGUUUCCUCUGAUGGGCUAUUUUCUACUGUUUCUUUUGCCCCACAAGUGCUGAUGGGAGGGCAAGGCGCGUUCAAGAUCGAGAGCGGGGGUUGUGCCGCGUCCGGAUUUUACUCCCGACGGAGCAGUCGCCCGCGAAUAUCAGCGUGUGUGCAAGGGCGCGCGUUUUUGUGUGUGUGUGUGUGCAUGCACCUAAGCCUAUGCCUAUGCACAGUUUAAUGUGAGGGCAGCCAACCAGGUCGUGCUGGCAGACCCUGAGCACAGGUUUGGAAACAAUUUGGAUUACAAAAAAAGAAAAAAGAGUGGCAACGGUCAAAGUGAGGCUCUGGAUCCUUUUUUUUGUUUAUUUGUUUGUUCUGUUUUUUGUGUUUUGGGGGGUUUUUUUGUCUUGUGCAGGAAAACAGUUUAAGAUCAUAGAGGAGGAUAAAGACACUUCACCGAAUGACUACCCCACUCUCCAUUCCCACAGUUCUCCUCCCCUGUGGGCAAGCAUUUUUUUAACAAAACAAAAGAACAACUGCUGAAUAAAACAUUGCGUUGUACAGGGAGGAGAGUAGGAACUUUGGGACUGCAGGCGCUUCAUUAGGGUGACACGCCUCACCCCUAUCCUCCACCAUUUCUAUGGAACAAUACGAGAAUAAAAGAUAAUAAUGACCAUAAUAAUAGUCAUGAUAUUUUAUUACUCUAGCGAGAAUGUUUCUCUGCUUUUACACAAACUGUGAAGAUUGACUGUGGAAGAUCUACCUGAGACCAUAACCUUAACCAGCGGGGUUUUUAAAAAAAACAACAUGUAUUGUAAAAAAGAGAAAAUAAGAAAAUGAAAAAUUCCGUUCAUUGUUGGUUAUGACAAACGUUUUUGAGGACUUGUGUCUUGUUUCUUAUUUUAUUUAUUUUCAUUUUUUUCCGUUAAAGAUGACUUAACUUCCUUUUACUUCUUGUUGUCUCCCUUUGCAUUUGCUGAAAUAUCAAAGCUGGUGGAAGCAAAAGAAGCAAACCAAUUUGGUAAAUGUAUAACUUGUAAAUGUUAAAGAAGCUCUAUUCAAAGGUUUAUGAUAUAUGUUUUAUGUUGGAGUACGGGAAGCACAACAUACAGUUCAGCAUAUUAAAAUCCAUUUUAUAUUUCUCUCGCACAUAUGUGACCUACUCCCACAAAUUCAGGCUUUUCCGCUGUCUGUAACAAAACUAAAAAUUGAACUUGUUUUGGGGUUUUUUAAAAACUCGGUAUCUUCUUAUUUAAAGUGCAACCACAGCAUUAAAGAACAAAAAAGGAAACCCAGCGGAGAAAGCAAAUAAACUGGGUAAAGGUUCAUUUUGGUGUUGUGGUUCACUAUAUGUAGCCUCUUCAGUGGAAGCCUGGGUUAGUCAGAGUGGGUAGUGUACAUGUGUGAGCAUCAAGCUGUGUACAAUAGGUGUGAUAAGAAACUGAUACAUGUAAAGAAGAUAAAUAUGCUAAUCAAAACAGAGCAGAAUGAUGAGCAUUUCAGGGCAUCUUAACAAUAUUGUUACAAUCUGUGUGGUGUUACUACAGAGAUCACAGAUAUUAUCUGCUAUCCAUUUCUGUUUUCUUUGUUUUCUUCUUCUUCUUCUUGGUUUUUUUAUCUCAGACAUUUUCAUUUCAAGGUUUAGGAUCACACUGAAUGUAAAUGGAGUUCUUGGGAGUUCUUUACUAGAUGUAUUGUCUUACUAAAACAUAUGUUUUCUGUGUGCUUUUGAUGAUGAGAACUUUCAGGCUUUUAUAGGUUGUUUUGGACACAUCAAGAACAUCAAGUAUGUCUGACUUUGACACAGACUUUGACAGUUUCCAAAUAAUAUAAUCUCAGAUACAAUCUCCAUUAGCUAGUUGCUAUAUCCACCGGCGAUAUAGUAGGUAAUGACAAGUGCCAAAGUGCCCCGUUCAAGUCGUCACUGUUAUUAAGUAUGGAUAUGAGUUCAAGAUGUGCUGGUGACUGUUCCUUUUACAUCCUGGAGUACCUGGUCGAUUCACAGUUAGAACAAAAGCUCAGCAAAUGAGAAGAAUAUGAUAUACUAACAGAUUACUCAAAGGUUUAAAGGAACAAUUUGGCAUUUUGGGAAACAGGCUUGCAGAGUGUGACCUUAUGUGGGAAAUCAGGUAAGCUGGAUCUGUGCACGGGUAUCUAAAGCAAUCAACCAGCACCUCUGAAGUUCAUCAUGGCGUAUCAUGUUUCCUUAAUUGCUAAAAAAUCAUCUUAAAACAAUGAGUCGGAACAACAGGAAGUCAGUGGCCGUCAAAGCUCCCAGCCAGCUUCCAAAUAGGCCAACCCAUCACUGUAAGACCACCAACUGUUGUAUUUAGACUUAGCAUUAAACAAAAGAGAUUUAAUGAGGUAAUUAGCAAGCUGAAGUGCUGGCAGUCAUGUUUUGUAAUCUUUGGAUAGAGCCAGGCUUCCUCUUUUCUCCUGUGUCCAGCCAUUGUGCUCUGCUAACUGGCUGGUGCUCUGUUCAUAGUAAAUGAAAAAAAUAAAAAAAAUUUAAUCUCCUCUGGUCAAAAAAAUGUUUUUGUUUUUUUUGUUUUCCUCCUAAAAUGUCAAAUUAUUGCUUUAAAAUAACAACCAAAAGUAUGCAAAACUCCUGUUUAUCUUUGUGUAUAUUAGAUUUACCAGUGGCAGACCUCAUUUCUGUUUUUGUUUCAUGGUGCAUUAUAUAUAUAAAUAUAUUUCAUUUUUUUAUGCAUAUUGGGUACAUUCAUGCAAAUUAAAAAAUUUCACUCGGGUUGAGAAAAGGCUGGCUAAUAGUGGCGGAAAUUAUACUGCCAAAAGGAUCAUUGUUUAUUUCCAUGCUCUCGCAGCUCUCACUGUGACUUUGAUUUCCAUUUCUGUGCAGACACACACACCCUUUGUGCGUGUGGCUGCCCUUUGAGGGACGUGAGUCCAGUGAGUAGCUCACACUCAGCUGUGCUCUCUUUCUUGAUAAAAGUCCUCCAAGUACAAUUGAGGGGGGGGAUUAACAGUUUUGAAUAUGUAAACAGUGUUGUGUGACACUUUCGUAGUGUAGAGUGUUUACUGACUUUAUUUUGAUGAUAAGAAGCAUCUGCGUUGGCAGAAGGUGUGAAGUGGUCUUAAAGGAAGAAGGGGAAAUGAGUUGUUUCAAGAUUAGUUUAGGUGCUGCAGCUUAACGUGACUGCAUCUGCCAAGUGUUUUGUUAUUUAUCGCUGUACCCGGACCCAUGACAUUUGCUGUUUGUUCCAGCUGUUUUAUUAGUUGCGGUAUUAGUGCCAUAUGUUUUUAAGUGACUUUUGUCAUAAACCUUUUUUUUUGUAGAAUGGUGUGCAAUAAUUUGAAUACCGUAGGUACUGCAAUAUAAUAAAAGUCAAAAAUAACGCAAUUCUUAAGCAUACCACAAGCCAGAAGUGAUGCUUGCUAUAUUUAUUGUCUGCUCAAUAGUUAUAUCCUACAUUACAGGUAUAACCCGAUACAUCUCCCUCUGUGUGCAGCAGCAGCUCCUUAAUCCUACAUUGGUGCAUUUUUUAUGAAAAACGUGCAGUUAAUUUUCUAUCUUUACUAACCUUUUCUCUAAAUAGUCUUUUUCAUGUUCCUCUCACUGAAACAUAUUUUCACUCCAAGGUCCUUUUUUGAAGCUUGGGUGUUAUGUGUUUUUUUUUGGGGGGGGGAUUGCAUUAUAUUUUUCUUUCAGUAUGCGGCAAUCAAACCCACUAGAAAACAGCCUCAGAGUUGGAGGCUCAGAGCUGAAGUACUAAAGCCUGCAGUCAUGACAAAUACAGCUCGCUACAAAUAAGGUGUUUGGGCCGGCUGUAAUGCAUUGCAUUACGUCGUGCUGGUCACAGCAUACACUAGAAAUUGCCUCUUUUUUUAAAAAAAAACUUCUGUAACACUAGUAAAAACAAGCAUCACAAGUCAGUUUUUAUUGCAUGGAAAAGGCAAUAAACAUUUGGUUGUUGGGAGAGGAGAGCAGGCUGCAGUGCAUCUUACACAGAUGCUGUUUAUUCUCGUAGACUGCAGUUUCACCUUCCUCCCUGAUUAGAUGACACGUUUGAUUUGCCUUGUGUAACAAAAAUUAUCUGUACUGGUCUUUCAUUUAACUGGAAAGUCAAUGACCUAAUGUCAGCUGGGGUGGUGUCUCGCAGUAUUAAGAAAGCAAAGUUUUCAAUGCUGUUCUAUCUUGAGUUCUUACAAAGAAAAUCAUUUAUGCAUUGAUGAAUACAUGAAUGAAUAAUGCAGUUGUGCAUGAAUGUACCCAGUAAGCAUUAAUACCACUGAAAUGGAGGUACUGUAGCAUUUAAGGUUGUGGUCUGUCACAGAUUGUGCAGGCCACAGAUUGAACACAAUUGCUGGCAAUAUGUUAAAACAAUUUCUCAGUUCUUUGCUAAAUUUGAUUAAAGUUUAUCCAUGUGAAUAGAACUAUGACUCGUUGCUAUGUGACAAAAUGUGAUUUAUAACAAAGUAUUGCCUUAAUUCCCAGAAAGUGCAUACCUCGCAAUAUACUACUUGUGGGAAAAGAUCUUAGGUUAAAGAAUGGAGUCCUGUUCAGUUAGGCAACUAAAUUUGUUUCCAACUCUCAUUUGAUCCCAAAGUUUCUUUUUAAAAUAUUUUAGACAUUCACGUAUAAUUUUUAAUUUUGCCUUCUAAAUUGUGGCUAUAAACACCUAGAAAAUUGUUAAUCUUACCUUGUAGUUAACCACUUAUCACCUGGUGCUUCGAGGGUCUCUAAAAGGAACAGUGCCAACAUUUCUCUCUGAGUGGAAAUGUUCUCAUUUUCUGUUCAACCUAAGAAGGGCUUUGUCACAUCGUGCCAUUCAUUGUGCUAUUAGCUCCCCUAAAGAAAAAAAAAUCAUUCAGUUGCACUAGCACGAUAUAAUUGCAGCUGUUAGCCCUAAUUAUCACUAUACACACCACCCUGCUUUCUUGGUACUGAUUCAGCAAAGAGAAUGGGUGCCAAUGACGGGGGUUGGUACUGCGGUAAGGCUCAACCAGUACUGGCAAAAUUGGCAGACGCAGAGGUUUUUGGCAUUCAGAUAAAUAUUAGUUCAACGGACUCAAAGAGGAGCUAAAUGUCCGUCACCUUAAACUUGAAACGUACUACCCAGUUUUUUUGUGUGUUUUUUUUAUAGUAAAACGUCUACCUUACUGCUGUUGCUUCCAUGCUGUCUGAUUUGGCAGUCAUGAGUGAUUUCUCAACAGCAGCCUCACUAAAUAACUGGACAAGGCAGACACAUUUCAAAGAUUUCAUCUUACUCUGUCAGGAAAGAAACGGGAUGUCACUAUUUGAUGGCACGGCUCCUCAGUGUGUCAACAUUACCAGCGGGAAAGCUGCCACCUUUUGGCACCAACUUUCCCCUUUGUUGGAGUGAAUCGGGCUGCCUGUCGAUGGCUUUCCUCUCCCCUUACCCGCUCUGAUCAGAAAUCACAAACCAAGCUGAAGCAAAGCACUCGCAGGCUCUGGUUAUUUACCAUCGGUGAAGCUGACUGCAUGCAGGUGACAAAAUGAAGACGUUUGCCAGCACUGAAAGCCACCCCCCCACCCCCAAAUUCAUUCUUGGAAAGACCCCAGGAAAUAAUGAAAUUUGAUGCUGUAAUAUCAAGGUUGUUGAGAAGGCUGUGUUUCAGUGAUGUUAUUUAUCUUGUUCUGUGCCAACACCCUGUAAUGAUGACCUGUCACUCUUCUCUGUUUUGUGCUCUAUAUUUAUAUAUGAUCAGGCUUCUUUUACUUUUUUUUCCUCCACUGUAUUUCUUUGGAUUUAUCAUCCAUUUUUUUUGUGCCAUAUCUGCAACUAAUGAAAAAAUAAA